AUGCCUCCAAGUCCUAACGAUGCCUUUUUGGCGGUCAGCCGUCAUCCUACCUACUACAUCCAAGGAGCGGAUCUAUCAUUCCUCGUCGAACACAUCCAGUUUCGAGUUCAUCGAUACUUUUUUGAGAGAGAAUCUCUCUACUUCCGAAACUAUCUGACGGUUCCAGCUUCGCCUGGUGCCGUCCGUACAGGAGUAAACGAUUCAAAUGCCGUUAUUCUCGAGGACGUCAAGGCCGCCGAAUUCGAAUUGUUUUUAAAGUACUCGCUGUAUGAUCGACCUGUAGCAGAAUGGGAAAUCAUACUGAAACUUGCUCAUCAAUGGGAUUUCCCUGAGGUCAAGAACCUCGCAGUGCGCGAGCUUGAAAAGCUCAUCUUUCCCGAUCUCGACCGCAUCGCCACAUAUCAAGCCAAUGCCGUUGAUCGCAAGCUUCUUAUUCCAUACUAUGCUAGGCUCUGCGAACGUGAAGAGCCCUUGACCCUACCAGAGGGUAUGAAGCUUGGCAUGGAAACCGCGCUGCUCAUUGCCCGUGCCCGCGAGCACGCCAGAGGAAGUGUCUCCCCAACUGGUGCACGAAGCCCAACGUCAGCGCAUGUUCACGGGAACGAAUUGCAUACCAUCGUUUGCGACCUCUUCGCGAUCGAACCUCCAUCCGAGACCCCAACUGGUGAUGAACCGACGACUCUUCUGCCAGGUGGAUUGGAACCCCCAGUGCCAGCCAAGCCAACGGCGCCUCAGUCUCAGCCAACGGCUCCAGUCACCCCAGUCACCAAGAAAGCCCCAAAGUCAACGGGGAAAGCAAAGAAAAAGGGUCAAAAGAAAACGGAGACACCUCCAACCCCAACGACGAACACAGCACCCUCCUUUCUCCAAGAGGGGGAAGAUCAGGUGGCAACAACAGAGGUGGCAGAGGCGGGAGAGGCAAAGGUGGGAACUGAGGAAGCGUCGUUGGUUGACGUCGGGGAACAGGGGGGUGAGAAUGGGGUGAUGGAUGGGGAAGUGGAGAAGAGCGAGGUGAAGACCGAUGAGGCAAAGGGUGAGAGCGCGGAUGUUUUGGAGAGCGGUGCUACUUCGGACGGGGAUAUGUGGGGAGAGGGGGAGAGCAAAGCUGUUGGUGAUACGGUGGUGGCGGAUACGACCCAUGCUGAGAACGGAGAGGCGAAAGCGACUGAUGAUGGGCAGCCGAAGGUAGAGGGGAGUGGAGAUACAACAAAAAUUGACGUGGACCCGAACGGUGCCCCUUCUGGGUUGGACGACAAAACCCCUGUUAUCAUCAUUCCCACCACUGACUCAUCCAUUCCUACUACCUCGACGACGAACAACGACACCUCCUCAUCAUCUUCUGGCGGCGACUUGAACGUGCCUCCGACAGGAAACCCUAAUGCUGGUGACAAAUCGCCAUCACAGUUACUCACUUCUCCUUCGACUUUUGGAUUGAUACCUGGAUUCGAACAUUUGAAGAAGGCCGCAGAUGGCAUCGUGAACUCGUUCAAAGACGCAUCGCCUUGGGGUGAUGGUGAUGACUCUGAUCUUUCGACCUAGGUUUUUCCUUUCUUUGAACACUUCUUGAAACAUACUACCACUCUUGUAUUGGUAACACGACACAGUCAUGCUUGUACAUAGGACGGACUAUUCACCCAAUCACUGACUAACCAUAUACCC